CCCAAUCCAAUUUCGGAGAGGUAGGUGAACUCUCUGUCCGAAUGCAUUUCCUGUCAUUUAUUGUUAAGCCGAUUAGGCAAGUUUUCUUGCACACUUUCGUCCCGUCUCUCUCCGCCACUCUUCCAUCUUUAACAUAACCAGUACCGGUACCAUCCCUAUAAAAACAUAUACUUGUUUCCCUCGGUCUAUACAGGCUUACAGCUGGCUAGCGCGGAGACGUGUUAGACAAGAUCAAAUAUACAUACAGCUGCGAGUCGAGAAGACGAUCGAUUGAGCAAACGAAUCCCUCCUCUCCCCACCCCUCUCCUUCAGUUCAGUGGUGUUUUCUUCGAGGGUUUGAUUAUAUUGGGUUUACCUUGCUUGUCCUAGCUAGCUAGCUAGCUAGAGUCUUCCGACCGACCGAUUGAUCGAUCGAAUUCGUUUUCCUUGCUUUUUAGUUUCUCCUUUUCAGAUGGAGGGGUCCGGUGGAGAAAUGAAUAAUAGCAUAGAGAUGCAUGACGAGAGGCUGCUGGCGGAAGUGGCAUUCAAGGACUCUUCAUCUAUGGUCAUCAGGAUCCGGCAAAAAUUGCCCGACUUUUUGCACUCUGUGAAGCUCAAGUACGUCAAAUUAGGGUACGGCUACUCGUGCAAUCCUGCCACCCUCCUUCUGCUGCCUCUGUUAAUCGCCACAGCCGCCACUCAGCUCACUGGCCUAGCAAUCAGCCUUUCCUCUGGCAUAUGGAUCACUCAAACCAUCCUCUUAGAUACCGCCGCCACCGUCGUCAUUGGAUCUACUGCACUAAUGUUCUUGCUGGGCCUCUGCUGGGCAAAGCGACCGCGGCCCGUCUACUUGGUAGAUUUUUCCUGCUACAAGCCAGAGGAUGAAAGGAAGCUGUCCAUUGAUUCAUUCCUGAAGAUGACAAAUGAGAAUGGGGCGUUCGAACAAGAGUCAAUCAACUUCCAGAAGAAAAUAGCACACCGCUCGGGGCUUGGUGACGAAACCUAUUUUCCAAGGGGGAUCACUUCAAGCCCGCCGAGCCUGUCCAUGAAGGAAGCCCGGUUGGAGGCAGAAGCCGUCAUGUUCGGUGCGUUGGACUCCCUCUUUUGCAAGACGGGGGUUAAGCCGGAGGACAUUGGGAUUCUCAUCGUGAACUGCAGCCUGUUCAACCCAACCCCAUCGCUCUCUUCCAUGAUCGUAAACCAUUACAAGCUCAGAACUGACAUCAAGAGCUUCAAUCUUGGGGGGAUGGGAUGCAGCGCAGGCCUGAUAUCCAUAGACUUGGCGAAGCACCUGCUACAGGCGAACCCCAACACGUAUGCAGUCGUCGUGAGCACAGAAAACAUAACCCUGAACUGGUAUUUUGGAAAUGACCGCUCCAUGCUGCUGUGCAAUUGCAUAUUCCGCAUGGGAGCAGCGGCCGUUCUUCUGUCAAACAAGGGCAAAGACAAGCGGCGGUCAAAGUACGAGCUGCUGCACUCGAUUCGGACCCACAAAGGAUCGGACAACAACAGCUACAGCUGUGUGUACCAAAGAGAGGACGACAAGGGCACAGUUGGAGUUUCAUUAGCUCGAGAGUUGAUGGCGGUGGCCGGUGACGCCCUGAAGACUAACAUAACGACGCUGGGACCUCUGGUUCUGCCAUUGUCGGAACAGCUGAUGUUUCUUAUCACACUGGUGAAAAGGAAGGUGGUGGGCAGCGGGGUGAGGCCUUAUAUUCCUGACUUCAAGCUUGCGUUCGAGCACUUCUGCAUACACGCUGGAGGAAGAGCGGUGCUAGAUGCACUGCAGAAGAAUCUGGAGCUGAGCGAGUGGCACAUGGAACCAUCUAGAAUGACGCUGCACCGCUUCGGGAACACAUCUAGCAGUUCACUGUGGUAUGAGCUAGCUUAUACGGAAGCAAAAGGAAGGGUCUCCAGAGGCAACAGAGUGUGGCAGAUUGCCUUCGGGUCGGGUUUCAAGUGUAACAGUGCUGUUUGGAAAGCUUUGAGGGAAAUCCCAGCGCGAGAGUGCGGCUCGAACCCAUGGUUUGACUGUAUCGAUAAGUAUCCCAUACAGCCGCGCGCAUAACUAGCUAGCAUUAUAUGUUCGAUCAUAUUCAUGUGUCCAUCAACAUUUUUAUUCAUACCAAUCUAUGGUUACGUACCUAGCUUGUUGAAAUUUUAUAUUUCUAAGGUUUUUGUUUUUUAA